CGCCAUUGGCUCUCUCCAUCAACGAUUCGUGUUACCGGUUUCUUGCUCCGGAUAGGAACGCAAUCUAGUCCAGUCCACCGCUGCUUUAUCAGCUAGCACCAUCGCGAGUAGCUACCAGAGAAUCAUCCUCUAGGAACCACUCCCUCUGAAUCACUAUCCGCUGACCCAGACGAAACGAUAUAGCAGGCUGUCGGAUGCUCGCGCGUCCAUCCUCCUGAUAAACUUCAAAAUUCAGGUCUCUGCAUGGCCGCAAUUGCGACCAGGGUGCGAUCUCUUCCGUUCUUCCAAGAGCUUUCCCUCCACGCCCUUCCGUCCUGCCUCUGAUCCUCCUCGUAGCCCUGUCAACGUCUCCCUCUGCCCAUUCCACGGCUCCCCGCGCCCUUCUGGGGCGUAAUAUGUCAGCCUAGAACCGCCCCUUGCAAUCCCAACACAUUCUCCCGGCUCUCACGCCCUAGAGGAGGUUAACGCCCACCUGACACGCGACAUACGAGUUGUAUGCCUAAUUUUACAGAUUUCUCCCUCCCUCCAUCUGCGCUCCUUCUCGAGGCCGUUCGAUCGUCCGUUCCCGUCCGUUCCCCUCGCCCCAUCGCUCCAUCCAUCCCUUCACGCCUUCGCACCAGCAGCCAUGGCGGACGAGAACCAGCAGGUCCACGCCGUCGCUAGGAAAGCGCCAGCGCCGAUCCCCGCGGCACCUGGCGCGCCAGCGCCCAGCAUGCUAGCCGCGGCAGCGGGAGCGCGGUCGUUCUCGAGUCGCCGGGUGCUGGCAGAGGUCGGCAAUCUCGUGGAACUCGCUGCCGCCGCCGCCGCCGCCGGGAAAGACGGGAAACUCCCGACCGCUGCCGCCGCCGCCUCCGCCGCUGCCACCAACGCCGCUGGCGCGGGGAAGCCCCUGCCCGGGUCACCGGCGCAGCUGGACAAGGGCGCCAAGGAGGCCUGCGCCUCCGCCGCCACGAGCGCCAUCGCCGCCACGGUCGAUGUCCCCGUGCUUCUCGCCGCCCCUGCCGCCUCCGCCAGCGCCGCGACCGAGCAGACCGCCGCCGCGGCUGGCGCAGAAGGCGCCAGGGGUCCCGGUGGAGCCGCCGCCGGGAGGGCGGGGGCGAGGAACCAGUCCGGCGGGCGGAAGGCGGGCGAGCGGGAACAGCGGGGGCAGCGGGAGAAGGAGGAGGAGAGAGCGCGGAUGAUGACGAUGACGGCGAGUCUGACGGCGUGCAGCGAGGAGGCGUGCGGGGGAGGCGUCGGGGGAGGCAUCGGAGGAGACGGCGGAGUGGAGUUGAUGGAUGCGGAGGUGCCGGCGGUGAUGGACAUCGACUGGGAGGACCGGGGCAACCCGCUGGCUGCCACGGCGUACGUGCGCGACAUCUACGCGCUGUACCGCCGAAUGGAGAGGGAGAGCAUGGCGGCGGAGAGCUACAUGAACCAGCAGGCGGACAUCAACGACAAGAUGCGCGCCAUCCUGCUGGACUGGCUCAUCGAGGUGCACCUCAAGUUCAAGCUCAUGCCCGAGACGCUCUUCCUCACCGCCAACCUUAUCGACCGCUACCUCUCCCUCGCGCCCGUGCGCCGGCGCAACCUGCAGCUCGUGGGGGUGACCGCCAUGCUCAUCGCGUCCAAGUACGAGGAGAUCUGGGCGCCCGAGGUGCGCGACUUUGUCUACAUAUCGGACAAUGCUUAUAGCAAGGAAGAGGUGAUUUCGCUAGAAAAGGACAUGCUGAAUGCUCUGAGGUUUCACCUCACCGUCCCCACGCCGUAUGUCUUUGCCUCGCGGUUUCUGAAGGCGGCAGCAGCGGCAACGGCGGCGGCGGCGGCAGCGGGAGGAGCGGCGAUGGGUGCUGGAGGGGAGAGGGGAGGGGAGAAGGGAGGGGAGAGGGGAGGGGAGAAGGCGACGCAGAGCCUGGCGUGGUUUCUGCUGGAGCUGUGUCUGCCGGAGUACAGCAUGCUGAGGUUCCCUCCCUCGCACCUGGCGGCCGCUGCUGUGUACACCACUAUGCUCGCCCGGUCGCAGCAUCUCAUGUCCCAGCAGGGCCUUCUCAGUGGGGGCUCUGCUGCUGGUGGUGCUGCUACUGGAUCUGCUGUUCCUGUUGCAGGUACCAGCAGCGGCUUCGGCCCAGAGAGUGGGGCAAGCACAAGUAGCUGCGACAAGCGGCAAUGUAGCACUGUGCUCCCAGUCUCUAUCCCCGUUGCUGUCCUAGACAGCCAGUCUCUGGCCACCACUGCUGCCGCUAGUGUCGCCAGCGUCAGCCUGAGCACGAGUAUCAGCAGCAGCAGCAGCGGUGGCAGCAGCGGUGGCAGCAGCAGUGGCAGCAGCAGUGGCAGGAGCAGACCAUUCUGGUGCCCUGUGAUGGUCCGGCACACUGGGUACACAGAGGCGGAGCUGCAGCCGUGUGUGAGGAUGAUGGCUGCGCUGCAGCACAAGGCAGGCACGGGGAACCUAACUGCCGUGUACAAGAAGUACAGCAGCCCCAAGUUCGGAGAAGUUGCCAAGCUGCCCCAUGUCAGCUUACCAGCGGCCACACCAGUGCUUGGGCAAUAAGGUUGGGGACUACUUCCCACAAUGUAGCGCUUUGGAGAAAUCUGUAUGAGGCUUAGGGCAUGGUGGAAAUGGUCCGCAAGUGUCGUGGAAGGCUUGGAAAUCAGCAAGGGGAUGAUGCAGCUUCUUAGUUUAUAGGCAGAUAUUUCGGAAGACGUGGCAAAGCAGUCUCAGCCUUGCCACCGGUUCCAUUCCUUUAGCGUCAGUACGUUACUUAUACGGUGGUUACUUUGGCUAGGCUGUUCCCUUCUCUCAAGGGACAGCCCUGACAAAGGACUACGCAAGUCUUCAACAGCAAGCACAUUCGCCAUGCUAUGCCAUAUGUGUCAGUUUAACUUUGGACGUGUAGACAUGUUUCCACAUCAAAAUACUGACACAUCCAGUAUUUUGAUAGUAACAGGCUUUUGAUAGUAACAG